UACCGGGGUGCAGGUGGUUGGUUCGUGAGCAGCAGAACAGUCCGUUCGUGAAUGCAUCGAACCUGCCGCACAGUACUGCAGUACGAUCCGUCUGUGCGUCGCAAAUCGAUAUCGCAUUUUUACGUCUUCCCUUCGUUUCUUUUUCCGAUCGUGUAACUCUUGCGAAGUCUUUGCGCGUUUCUCUUGUUUUUGUCCUCGUGAUCGCGGAGUCGCGGAAGUAUCGCGCACAUACGCUUACGUCGAGCGUGUUCGUUAUGAAGGGAUAACAGCAAGGAUAACAACAGACCAAUAUGAACAGAUACAUGACGUUGAAUCAGCUCGGGGACGGCACGUACGGGUCCGUCGUGUUGGGACAAAACAUUGACACCGGAGAAAAAGUCGCCAUUAAAAGAAUGAAAAGAAAAUAUUAUUCUUGGGACGAAGCUAUGAAUCUGAGAGAAGUCAAGUCAUUAAAAAAAUUGAACCAUGCAAAUCUGAUAAAAUUGAGAGAAGUGAUAAGAGAAAAUGAUACUCUCUACUUCGUGUUUGAAUAUAUGAAAGAGAACCUGUACCAGCUAAUGAGGAGUCAAAGCAAAUUUUUCCCUGAACAAUCCAUUAGAAAUAUACUUUAUCAGAUACUGCAAGGACUGGCGUUCAUGCAUAGACACGGUUUCUUCCACCGGGACAUGAAGCCGGAGAAUCUUCUGUGCUGCGGCCCCGAGCUAGUAAAGAUUGCUGACUUCGGACUGGCCCGGGAAACCCGAUCGCGUCCCCCGUACACCGACUACGUGUCCACACGGUGGUACCGAGCGCCCGAGGUGCUGUUGCACUCCAUCAACUACAGCACGCCCAUCGACUUGUGGGCUGUUGGCUGCAUCAUGGCCGAACUCUACACAUUCCGGCCGUUGUUCCCGGGCACGAGCGAGAUCGAUCAGAUAUUCAAAAUAUGUUCAGUGCUGGGCACGCCCGAUAAGAAAGAAUGGUUUGAAGGUUACCAGUUAGCAUCAGCUAUGAAUUUCAAGUUUCCUCAAUUUAAACGUUUAGCACUGAACACAGUUGUACCAAAUGCAAGUCGUGAUGGAAUACAUUUGAUGGAACUGUUUUUAAGUUGGAAUCCGAUUAGAAGACCCAGCGCGCAAAGUGCCUUAAGGCAACCGUACUUCCAAGUGGGACAGCAACGUCUGAAUCCGGAAGCUGGAGAGAUGUCCUACGCGAAGAUCGGUCAACAAAAACGACAACCCGUGCAGCUGAUGAAAUCUCAAAUAUCGCUUUUACAGUCCAACAACCAUAAACAGCUCAAAUACGAAAACAAAUGGGAAACAAUGGCGGUUAAGCCGAUCAACAACAAAAAUAAAUCAUGGUACGAUAACGAUACGGACGUGAAGGUGCUGAGUAAAAAGAAGCUGAGCGCGAAAGAACAUUACCUAUCCGUGGCCAGAUACGUGACAGGCAGGGCUUCCAACUUUCAAGCAACUGAGAAUGAAAAUAUUUCGAAAAGUAUGAGAAAUGAUACGUUUCCAUCCGUAAGCAAGGUGUCUUAUAGUCAAAGCGAUAGAAAUAGAAAUGGUAAACGACAAGCAGGUGGAAAAACUGAAUGGACAUCGAAGUACUUGGAAUGAAUUUUGUAUUAAAUUAGUUAAAAUCAA